AUGAGAAUCCCAUAUUCUUCACAAACGCAUUUCUAAGCUACUACACUUGUUCUCUUUGGAUUUUGGAAAAUCAGAUUUCUUCGACCUACUUGGGGAAGAAAACAUAGCCUUCAAUUCUAUUUCUACAAUAGUAAUAGCUAGUUAAAAACAAAUCAUCAAUUCUUAUUUCUUUAAAAAAUAAUUUUCUAAAACAUAUAUGAAGUAUGAAUUUUUAGAGUUGAUAAUUACUAAUUGUACUAGCUUGAAUACUUAAAAGCUUCAAACUCAAUUUUAACAAUAGAUUAAAAAGGAAUUCUAAUUGCUAAUCUUAAUGGUUUAAAUGCAAGCAAUCUUUUAGCCAUAAAUUAUAUGAUUGCAGUUAAUCGUUGUUAUUUAAUAAUCUCUAAAGCAAUCUAUUUAUAAGUUAGAAUAAUUAAAUCCUAUUUUUUGAAAAGAGCAUGGAUUGAUCGAAGUGCUCUCAAGAAAUUGGAGUAGGUGAUAGGGAUUAUGUGA